GUCCCUGUCAUCCUCUUGUGAAGACCACUACCCUUCCGGUCUCAGUCCACUACCCUUCUGGUCUCAGUCCACCAACCCGCUGCUCAUUCCUCUCCUGCUCUGACAUGCACGCGGCUGGCCUUCCUACCCCCGGCGCUUGCUUGUCUCUUCUUCUUCUUCUUCUUCCUCCUCCAAACCGCGGCCACGGUAUAAAUGCGCCGCGCCCUGCCGUGUUCAAGAGAGAGAAAGAGACAGAGAGAGCGAGAGGUCUCGCCGUGCCGUGCCGUGCUCGCCUGAUCAUCGUGUCGCCGAGGCCGCCAUUCUAAAUUUGGCAGCGAAUUAAUCAGCAGCCAGCCAUUACUUACUGCCUCGCCGCAGUUAUUCCUUCCGUUGCCGUUGCCAUUUCCGCUUCGCCAGUGGAGGAUAAGAAGCAGCCUGCUGGUGGAUCUUGGAGAGAGUUCAUCGUCGGAGGAGGUCGAUCAUCAUGAGGGAUUGAUUGAUUGAUCUAUGUGCUGCGUCUGCGCCGCCGCCGCCGGAGUUUGUGGAGGAGGAGGAGAGGAGGGGCGGCGCCGGCUGCAGGUGGUUGAUCGUUGGGCUCGGUUCUUGCAAUGAGCGACGUCUCGGGCCGCUUCGUGGUGGCCGCGGCCGUGGUCGCCGUGUCGCUGGCGGCGGCGGCGGCGACGGCGGCGCACGACUACGGCGACGCGCUGUCCAAGAGCCUGCUCUACUUCGAGGCGCAGCGGUCGGGGCGGCUGCCGUACAACCAGCGCGUGCGGUGGCGCGGCCACUCGGGGCUCACCGACGGCCUCGAGCAGGGGGUGGACCUCGUCGGCGGGUACUACGACGCCGGCGACCACGUCAAGUUCGGCCUCCCCAUGGCGUUCACCGUCACCCUCCUCUCCUGGGGCGUCCUCGAGUACGGCGCUGGCGUGUCCGCCGCCGCCGAGCUCGCGCACGCGCUGCAGGCCAUCAAGUGGGGCACCGACUACUUCAUCAAGGCGCACACCGCGCCCAACGAGCUGUGGGCGCAGGUCGGCGACGGCGGCUCCGACCACUACUGCUGGCAGCGGCCCGAGGACAUGACCACGUCGCGCCGCGCCUACAAGGUGGACGCCGACAACCCCGGCUCCGAGGUCGCCGCCGAGACCGCCGCCGCCAUGGCCGCCGCGUCCCUCGUGUUCCGCCGCGCCGGCGACGCGCACUACGCGCACCUGCUGCUCCACCACGCGCAGCAGCUGUUCGAGUUCGCCGACAGGUACAGGGGCCGCUACGACGAGAGCGUGGAGGUGGUCAAGAGCUACUACCCGUCGUCCAGCGGGUACCAGGACGAGCUGCUCUGGGCGGCGCUCUGGCUGCACCGCGCCACCGGCCGCCGCGACUACCUCGAGUACGCCCUCGCCAACGCCGACGACUUCGGCGGCACCGGCUGGGCCGUCUCCGAGUUCAGCUGGGACAUCAAGUACGCCGGACUCCAGGUCCUCGCAUCCGAGCUGCUGGUGGAGGCGAAGGAGCGGCGGCUGCGGCUGAGCCCGGAGCAGCGCGCGGUGGUGGAGCAGCUCCGCUCCAAGGGGGAGUACUACGUGUGCUCGUGCAUGAACCGGAACCCCGGCGGCGCCGAGCACAACGCCGGCCGCACCCCGGCGGGGCUGCUCUUCAUCCGCCCCUGGAACAACCUCCAGUACGCCUCCGGCGCCGCCUUCCUCCUGACCGUCUACUCCGACGUGCUCUCCGCCCUGGGCGAGCCCCUCCGCUGCGGCGGCGACGCCGGCGACGUGCUGGCGUUCGCCAAGUCCCAGGCCGACUACAUCCUGGGCAGCAACCCGAUGCGCACCAGCUACCUGGUGGGCUACGGCGCGGCGUACCCGCGGCGGGUGCACCACCGCGCGGCGUCGAGCGCGUCGUACCGGCACGACCGCGACUUCAUCGGCUGCCUGCAGGGGUUCGACUCGUGGUACAGCGCGCGGCGGGAGAACCCGCACGACCUCGUCGGCGCCGUCGUCGGCGGGCCCAACGGCGAGGACGUCUUCACCGACCACCGCGGCAAGUACAUGCAGACGGAGGCCUGCACGUACAACACGGCGCCCAUGGUCGGGGUCUUCUCCAAGCUCAUGCAGCUGGAGGGGCAGCGGCCGCAGCGGCGGCGGCCGGAGGAGGCCGAGCCGGCGCCGGCGGAGGAUCUUUGAUAGGAGAAAGAAUGGGUCAAUUCCUUUGAGAAUUUCGAUGACGUGGCGGAAAAUAAAAAAAAUCAAAAGAGCAAAAAAAAGUGAUAUUGAUUAGGAGGGAUGUAUACAUGAUUCUUUUUGUUGAUUCUUACUAGAGAACAGUGUUUGAGAAUGUUUUGCACAUAGAAAUGGAUUGAAAAGGGAAAAAAAUCACAAAUUUCAAAAAGGAUAAUCGGUCUAUUAUUUUUUUUC